AUGGGCCUUUCGUCUGUCUCGGCCCGCCCGCUCAUUUCGCUCACCGAGCCGCUCACUCGCCGCACUUGCAAUACAAUCCGGCGCGCUCUUGAAACCGCCUACGUCCCUGCCGAGAACGUCUACUCGCCCUCGGAAGGCCAUGCGGCCGUGCUAAUCCCAUUUUGCAAUGUGGACAACAGGCCGGGCAUCUUGCUAGAGGUCAGAGGGAAGCUUAGGACGCAUUCUGGCGAAGUCAGCUUCCCGGGCGGUCGGGUCGACCAAUUGGACGAGUCUCCGCAGGCUGCUGCGUUACGUGAAACGGCAGAGGAGGUGGGCAUCCGCCCCUCUCAGGUCGAGCUCCUCGGACGUCUUGGGCCUGCAGAGCGGUCGCUUGGUGGACUACGCGUCUGGCCGUACGUAGGCGUCGUGCUGCCAGCGACGGAUCAACGGACAGAACCAGAGGGCGAGGACGCGCCGCUCCCGUCGGUCGGGCUGGGGACCCUAACGCUCUCCCAGCGGGAAGUCGCACACGCGUUCCACCUGCCGCUUCGAGCCCUGGUCUCCGCCUCGCGGCUGCAGACGUACCUCUUCCGCGGCCAGCGGCCGUACCACGCCGUCGACGUCGGAGACAUCGUGGGCGGACCUGGCGCGGUGCACUCGGAGGGGCCGGGGAGCGUGGCGGAGGUCACUUGGGCGAGCGACCAUGCGGGGCGAGAUGAGAUCGGCGGGGGGAGGGACGGGCGACUGGAGGUCUGGGGCCUGACGGGCUGGUAUCUGUGCGAGCUCAUGCGCAUUCUCCGUGUAUACGACACAUGA